AUUACUUUGCUUAAAAUUAAUUUAGGUUCCUAAAAAGCAAAAUACAAUUUGUUUUUUAAACGUCAAAUUUUAAGUUGGCAUCAAUACCGGUUAGCAUUUUGUGUCAGUCAUCUUAUUUCUGAAAAAUAAUCAAAAAUGUUCGAUCCAACAUCAAAUCCACCACCUUUUUGGCAAAAUGGCCCUGCACCGGGGGCUUUCUAUAAUUUCCCAAACACGAAAUCCGGCCCAAGCGACGAAUUUCAACAUUCUCAGGCUCCCAUAACGACAGCAACGUCCAUUGUGGCUAUAAAGUACGCCACCGGGGUUAUAAUUGCCGGUGAUUUGCUGGGUUCGUAUGGGUCUUUAGCCCGUUACAGGAAUUGCCCCAGAGUUUUGCAAGUCAAUGAGAAUAUUAUUCUUGGAGCUGGUGGAGAUUACGGCGAUUUCCAGUACAUAAAAAACUUUAUUGAGCAAAAAAUUGUUCAAGAAGAAUGUUUGGAUGAUGGUUUUAAGCUAAAACCAAAAUCCUUGUACUGUUGGUUAACAAGGGUUAUGUACAGUUGUAGAAGCAAAUUUGAUCCCCUGUGGAAUAAUUUGGUUAUAGGAGGAAUUCAAGAUGGUGAACCUUUCUUGGGUACAGUAGACAAACUAGGCACUGCCUUCACAGAUAAAAUAAUCUGCACAGGGUAUGGGGCUCACAUUGCUGUUCCUUUGCUUAGAGAGGCUAUGGAAAAAAAUCCAAAUAUGUCUAAAGAUGAAGCUAAAGCUCUUGUUGAAAAAUCCAUGGAAGUCUUGUUUUACAGAGAUGCCAGGAGUUUCCCUAAAUACCAAGUUGCUAUAAUUGACCAAAAUGAAGGUUCGGUUAUUGAAGGCCCAUUGGUGGUCAAACAAAAUUGGUCUUUGGCCCAUAUGAUUUCUGGAUAUAAUUAAUUUUUUAUUUAUGUAUUUUUUUAUAAUAUAAUUAAUAAAAUAAGUUUUGAAAUGUAAUUUUUAUAAAUUUUAAGGUAUUUGAUUAUUUUUUUAUUAAUUGUAUAGGUACUAAUAUGUUAUUAUUAUAAUUAUUUUU